AUGUAAUAGUUAGACAAUUAAGAAAUAUUGAUGAAACUUAAGUCUUCAAAAUAAUUCUGGGAUAUUAAAAAGAAAGUAUUUAAUACUCUAUGUAGAUUAAACAAGGGUUUAAUGAUUAACAGAAAAUUGGAGUAAAUGAUAUUCAAAAAUUUGCUUAAAGUUGUGAAAUAGAGGAUUAAUUAAUUAAAUUGAUAUCUCAUAUACUUAAAAAAUCAAAGAAAAGAGAAACUCUUAAGGAAGAUUAAAUUGAAUUUCUGAACACCUCUAAAAUAAAAUGGACAGAAUUAUUAUUUAAAAAUUUAGACAUAGUUCAUUAAAAAACAAAAAAUUAGGAAGAAGAUGAUACUAAUACUGAUUCAAAGUUAUACAUUUAUGAUGAAAAGAAUUUAUUAGCAUUUUUAUAAACUUUUAAGUAAUAAUAACAUAGUGCUCUUUAUUAAAAUGUACAAUUUUAAUCAAAUAAACUUUUGAAUAUUAAUAUACCAUUAAAGUCAUCAUAAUAAAUAUUAGACAAAUAUUAAUACUUAUUAUUAUAAGAAGAAUUACAAGAUGAAAAAAUUAAUAAAAUUAGAAAGUAAAUAGAAAAUGAACAUCUAGAUAUAGAAUUAGAAAAAAUAGCAUAAACAUUUGUACCUAAUGGAGAGAGAUGUCUAUUAUAUUUAAAAUAUUUUGAAUUUGAUCAUUAAGAAACUAUCUUAUAAUAAAACUUUACAAAACUUUAAAAAGAAUGUUUAAAUUAAUUAUUUUAUGAUGAAUUAUUAGAAAUUGAUGGACAUGAAAUCUCAGAAGAUACUUUCUAUUUUGUAUUUUAAGAAUAAAUUCUAACUUGUUUAAAAUGUUUUAUUAGAGAUAAAACAAUUAAAGAAAAUAUAAGAGUAUUUUAAUUUUUAUUAAUCCUUAGAUUCAAUUAUAAAAUGGGAUUAAGAAAGAACAAACAGAAUUUUAAUUACCAAUUACAGGUUUCUUUCCAUUCAAAAAUAUUUCCAAAUAUGUAGCACCAUUAUGUUAUCUCUCAACAAAAAUACAUAUAAUCUAUGCAUUAUUUAAAGAAUUUUUUUGUAGAUAUUUUUGCUUUUUGCAUGCCAUUUCUUCAGAAAAUAACUCAAUUUUAUCUCUGUGUAUGUAGAUAGAAGAAAUUAUAAGUACACAUUCUCCUAAAUUAUUCCAUCAUUUAAAGGUUAUUGGUUGUGAUACAUUAAAAUUAAUCAUACAUUAAUUGGUUUAUUGUUUUGUAGGAGAUAUGGAUCCACCUCAUAUUUUAACUAUUUAUGAUCAAAUAAUUGGACAUGAUAGUCUAGAAAUUUUAGUUAUUUUGUGUGUUGGAUUUUUAAAUAAAUAUAAAUCUAAAUUAUUGUUAGCCAAAAAUUAUGAGAAUGUAUAAUAAAUUUUUUAAGAAUUGAGAGAAGAUAAAUUUUAAGAAUUAGUUUAAUUUGCAUAUAAGUAAUGA